CUAAAACAUAAAAAGAAGAAGAGAAUUAUCAGACGAUUAAAAAGUAAUCAUAUUGACAACCCGUGUGGACGCUUCCUGCUACCGCCAUAUACGUUGGACACUGCUUUCACUCAUCGAAAACACCACAUAUCUCAAGCUGAAAUCGACCAUCUGCGCGUAACCAUACAGGUCAUUAUGGCAGAAUCCCAAUCCCAAUCCCUCACUACCCUCGCGCACAUCCGCAAUCAUGCGAUCAAAUCCCGCCAACUCUACGAAUCUCAAAUGGACCUGGACGCGUCCCGCACGUCAGCGCGUCUGGAAGCAACCAUCAAGGAGCUCCAAGACCAGAUAGAGCAACAACAAGCUGCUCUAGAGAACCUCCGGGCGAAAUUCAACGGCACCAAUUCUUCAGCCAGUCUUGCCUUUGCUUCCUCAGACCCCCGCCAGCGGCUUAAACAGCUCCGCACCCUCAAGCGUGCUUACACGAGUCUAAAACCCACAGCCACCUUCUUGCCGGAGAAAGAUUCCGUCCUCCCCACCUUGCUCACAACCCGCUCGCUGCAGCAGAACGUGCAAGGGACGAAAGACGCAAUCUCCGCCACAGAGUCACAAUUAUCAACAACCUCCUCCCUCCUCCGCACCGAAGAGCAGAACCUCCACGAUGCCAAUCUUAUCACUACGACGAUAACCUCUCGAAUCGCAAAGCUGCAAAUUGAUCAUGAAGAACAGUCAGAGAAGUCCCCCACUCAGCUUGCCAACGACCUCAUAGCCGCCAAAAGAGCCCAAAAGGCCACUUACGAUGAGAAGAUCAGAUUACUAGGGGACGAUCUGCAGCUCUUCAUCACCGAAAUCCUGUCUCCGAUGCUGGCUGCCGAAGCGCUAGGCGGGCCGGUUGUAGGGGAUAUGUUGGACGUGCAGGACGAGACUCUGGCCGCCGGCUUUACGAAGAAAGGGAGAGCCAAAUCUACCUCGAAAGCACCAUCGGAACGCUCGCGGCAACUCAAAAUCGACCAAAUAUGGGGAAACAACGCUGCGGUCGAUGACGCGCAUAUCACUGAAGCCGAAGCAGCCGAUCAGGAAAUGCGUUCCCUCAUCGAAUCCUUAUUCGCCACGUUAGUCGGACCAGGGGGUGGAAAAGCGUAUUUCGAGGUUGAGAGGGAGACUGCGGCCGUGAGGUUUCUGGUUCGAGCGGGCGUGGCGAAAUUGCAUCCUAGGGAGGCGCGGAAGGUGCGGUUGGUAGAUUUUGGGGCCGAGUUGGAUGAUUAGGGUGAUUCGUAUGGGGAUAGCACUGUGUUGAAAAUCAUCCAAUGACUAGGUCUGCUACGUACUGUGUUGAAGAGGACAUAUCAACUCGAUAAAUGUGAAUGAUGG